AACUCAGAGCGGCAGUGAGAAACAAACCGCGUCGGCGAGUGAACGUUACGCAGUCGUGAUAAAUAUUUUUACGAUAAACUUUUAAUAUUACAAUUUAAUAUAUUUAAUUAGGUUUAAUUUAUGUCAUUUGAGUUAUGUGAUAUUAAUUAUUGACUUUGGUAAAUAAAGCAGUAAAAAUGAUGAUGGCCAGUGCAAAAUUGGUUCGGGACUGUAGUUCAGACUUGAGUUCGGAUGUACGCUCUCUUUCUGUUGAGUCUUCUACCGAGGAACAAGAUUCUACUACAACCGAGUCGGAAUAUUCUGAAGAAGAGAAGGAAUAUGAAUUAGAUGAUUUACAAAUUCUGAAAACAAUUGGUACUGGAACAUUCGGUCGCGUUUGCUUGUGCAGAGACAAAGCGGCGGACGAGUACCUGGCUAUGAAGAUAUUGUCUAUGGCUGAUGUCAUACGUUUGAAACAGGUCGAUCAUGUCAUGAACGAGAAGAAUAUAUUAUCUGAGAUUAAUCACCCUUUUGUCGUUAACCUACGGUGGUGGACGCAUGACGAGUCGUGCAUAUAUAUGCUUUUCGACUAUGUGUGUGGAGGCGAGCUUUUUUCAUAUUUAAGAAAUGCUGGCCGGUUUAGUAACAAUAUAGCAAAUUUCUAUGCAGCUGAGAUAGUGUCAGCGCUAGAAUACCUUCACGCCCGCAACAUCGUGUACAGAGACUUGAAGCCCGAAAACUUACUUCUAGCAAAAGAUGGACAUUUGAAGAUUACGGACUUUGGUUUCGCUAAAAAGCUCACGGAUCGUACAUGGACCUUGUGUGGAACGCCAGAAUACCUAGCCCCAGAAAUUAUACAGAGCAAAGGGCACAAUAAAGCUGUAGACUGGUGGGCUUUAGGCGUGCUUAUUUACGAGAUGUUGGUCGGUUAUCCCCCGUUCUACGACGACAAUCCCUUUGGAAUAUAUGAGAAGAUCCUUAAUGGCAGAGUUGACUGGCCGCGCCACCUCGACCCGGUUGCCAAGGAUAUCAUAAAGAAACUGUUAGUGCAAGACAGGACGAAAAGACUCGGAAAUAUGAAGUGUGGCUCGGAAGAUGUGAAACGACAUCGUUGGUUCAAACAUUUGGACUGGGCUGAUGUUUACUUGAAGAAGUUACAGCCGCCCAUUGUACCAGCCGUGUCAUAUGAAGGCGAUACUUCAAACUUUGACGAAUACCCCGAAACAGACUGGAAAGCCGUGCGAUCGCUGGAUCCAGAUGAAUUAAAACUAUUCGUGAAUUUCUGAAAUUCUUAAUUCCUCCAUUGGUUCUAAUUUAAAGUGGAAUUCGCGAAUGGUUAACUGUAUUCGGAUGUGAAUUUCCAAAAACAAUUUCGUAAUUAACAUUGUGUUAGGAAAUUUAGGAUUUUUGUGAUUUCUUAAAUCUUAGUGAUACCGAGAUUAGAUUUAAUUGAUUAUUAAACUUUGUUUAAUGUGUCUGGCGUUUUCUUAAUACAUUAUUUUUAACAAUGAAAAUUAAGAUUUGAUCUUAAAAUUUAGUAGUAAUUAUAGCGACGCAUACUUAUUUUUAUUAGUUUAAUAAAGUUCACGACAUCAGAUAUAACAAUUUUGUAAAGUCUAUUAUAUAUUCUAAAAUAUUAAAUACGGAUAUAAAUUUUAGUUAAACAAUCUUGUGUAACUAAAAUGUAUGGUAAUUCUAAUAAUCUGUCCUAAUGUAUGAACAUGCCGUCCCUUUCAUACGUAAGAGUAUAUUUUUGUGGUUUGAAUCUGUAAUAGAAUUUGUAGUUCAACGCUUGAAUAUUUAUCUAAAAUAAAUGUGUAAUGUUAAGUAGACAAAUAAACGUGUUUUUAAAGAUACCUUUUUGGUUACACACUACCUAUUUAUUGUUGCGUGCAUAUUUUUUUUAUAAAUAAUGAAAUUUUUAUAUAAAUUGUUCCAAAAUAUUUUAUAGCAAUUCCAAGUCUUGAAUAAUUAAAUACUACGAUUCAAAAAAUACUUUAUUAAUUUGGGAUACAACAAAUUAAAUAGUUGCUUAGAGUGAUAUAAUUUGAAGCUUAAAAGAUUACUAAAUUAUACUACUAUUAAAAAACUCCUCGAACGUUGAACAUUGAGUAUUAAGUUUUACUCAGGCGUUGGAACAUUGUUUUUUAUUGCUUUUUAAGUAUUGUUUUCGUAUUAUAAUUUAGACGAUAGAUAAUGAGGUAUUUCCUAGCCAUGUUAUAACUAAUGUGAUUGCUGUGAUCUUAUUAGUCAGACAAAAACUCUGUUUUCGCAUAUUUAUUAACUUUGGAAAUGUAAAAUGAUAACAGGGUUUUCAGAUAAAUGUUAUUUAAUGAUAGUUGAUGUAAAUAUUUUGAUACUAAGACAUUAAAUAAAAUUUUAUACAUA